AUAGGCAACUCUUCUUCGCCUUCAUUCGCGUUGAGCGCAGCGUGUGAGUGUGAUGCCGUAACGUAUUCGGUGCGUGACGUUUGUGUACAACCUGUCAAGACUUACACACGUGUAGCCGUAUCAACGAAAUUUCGAAGUGAAAAAAUUUUAAGUUUCCAGUGAACGUAUUAUUUUUUAAUUAUCGCGGUUGGCGCUUUUUAUUUAAAUGAUAUUUUUCUAGUGGAAAUGUUUAAAUUUUAUUUUCGUUUGUUGUGUGUUAAAAUGCUGCUCAAGUUAACGUUAAAUCGAUAAAUUUUGCGAAAGUUUUCGAGUAACGUGUUGAAAUUUUGAAAUUUUUUUUUUCGCUUCAACGCCGGCUUUGGAUUAAUUUGCGAAGUGCCGAUAGUUAUUGUUCGCGCGCAAUUCGUGGCGAAUAUUAACGAAGCGAUCUACGGUGAAUUAAGUGAAAAAAAAAGUCCAAAGUACGUAAGAUUUUUUUUAUGUACGCUCUACGCGUUUUUACAUGUUCUUUGAUGAUAUGAUGGACUCACCGCAAAUGUACGACAACGCGCCGCAGCAGUCUGUAAACGCGACGUCGCAACACGAAGCAAUGGCGGUGAAAAAACAAAUGCAACCUCAACAUUUGAAGAAGUAUUCAGAUUUGGCUGAUCUAAACACACCGGAAAUAUCGCUAGAUUUGCAGAAUCUAAUAGACGAUAGUCAGUUCAAUGAAGGAUUAUUCACCGAAAUACUAAACCAGGGUCACCAAAAGCCCAGACCGCAGCAAUUCCAAUCACGCACUACGUUAGCGUACAUGCCUCAACCUGUUCAUUUUGAAAGUAAUUCCAACGCUUCAAACGCUUCGGUCAAGGAAGAACCUUUGGAGGAAUUCUCCAGACAUCAGCAACAAACGCCGUAUUCGGUUUUGAAUAAUGGCACCACUCAUAAUUACGUUUCACCUACGAACGCUUUGAAAGCGCUGCAUCACCCGCAUCAUCAAAACCAACAACACCAAGCUCAGCAAAUGCAUAGAAAAUCCAACAAAUCUAUCGAUAAGAAUACCGACGAAUACAAAAGACGCAGAGAAAGAAAUAACAUAGCUGUGAGGAAGUCGCGAGAAAAGGCGAAGCUCCGAUCUAGAGAAACCGAAGAGAAGGUAAAAUUAUUAGUUAAGGAAAAUGAAAGGCUACAAAAAAGAAUUGAACUCCUAAGUGAAGAAUUAAAUGUUCUAAGGUCGUUAUUCACUAAUGUCGGCGUUUUGCCGGAGCAGCUCCAUAGGGAGCUGAAUAAGCAUUUUGAUGUCUACCCUCAUGUCCAGUAGUUGUGUUUUUUUCCUUUCAUUUUACCUAUUAUUAAUUUUUAUACAAAUUCAUAUUUCGUUACCUUCAAUUUUGAGACUAUGCGUUGUGCGUGUGUGUGUUUGUGUGUUCUGUUAUUCAUAAGCAUCGAGGCAAUGAAGUGGUCAUCGGUACAAAUAGGUACCAUCCUACCUGUCUACAUAUAUUAUGUCUGCUGUUUUUCGUUAUUUUUUUUUACUCACUAUCUAAUCGAGGUGGAAAAAAAUUGUUAAAUGAACAAAUUUCCUUCUAAAAAAACUUUUUGAUUUUGAAAAAUGCAUCUUCCAUUUUUGAUCUGUUCAUUUUGGAGUGAACAAAGUAGGCUUAUUGAAGUCUUGGAAAAAAUGAGACUGAAAUUGAAUUGAGAAGAUUGUCAUAUCAUAUCCAAUAGGUAUAUUUACUACUCUCAAUAAAAAUACAUAUACUUAGGUAAACUUGAAUAAAAUUGCAAUAAGACUUUGUUUUUUUGGUCACAUUUUUGUACUUUUUAUUUUUGUCUCACAUUUAUCAAGUCAUGUCAACUCUGAUAGCUUUCUUUCAAAUUUUUUAAAAUUUAUUCAUUCGAUGAAUUCUUUUUUUGAUGCUUAACGUUCUUUCACCCAUCAUUUUUGUUUUGUUUUUGGGCGAACUUCAUUCAUUAUAGGUACGGUUGUAUUACAAUGAGUGUAGAUAAAUUUGUUUAAUUUGUUUUUCUUUUGUAUAUUAAGUAAUUUAUAGGGGACCAGUUACCAUUAUUGAUAGAUAUUCUUGAACAACUAUUUAUUUUAUUGCUUUUACCUACAUAUUACCUUUGAAUGAUGUUUGUGUGCGUGUGUCUCUGUGUGGUUUAUUACGUAUAUUUUUAUACCUACUAUUUUAAUUCGCAUACCUAUUUGUCAGAUGAAAAGAAUUAGAAACGAUCAUCUCCUAUCAUGAUAAUUUGCUAUCCGUUUUAAAUUGAUACAUUUUACAGACUUUUUUUCUGCUUCAAAUGAAACCAUAGUUUACCAACUCGAUAAAUUGAAACAAAUAUUCUUUUUCUUUUAAAUCUAAUUCUCAGGUUACUAGAAAUUUCUUUUUAUCAAUUUUAUAAACUUUUUUAAAAAGACUGCUUGUGCAGCCCUGAAAAUUCUUGAUAAAUUGAAUAACGUUUCGAUGGAAAAUUUUCUGAUGCCUACGUGUAGUUGAGUUGAAAAUACGAGUAUUAUCGAAAACAAUUCUGAAAAAAAAAAAUCAAAUAGGUAAGAAUAUUUUUCGAGCGAUAGAAUGAGCAGUAAAAUUUUUAUAUUGUAAUAAAACGUUAUCAAAAACCCAGCGCAUGUGUGACACCAUGUAUAGUAUAAGCUAGGUAUUUACGUUUUGAUGACAGAAAAAUUAACGAGCGUUAUUUAAUAUUGUUGAAAUUUUGAUAUACGAGUUCGUUAUUUUGACAAAAAAAAAUCCUAGUCCUGAAAAUUGAAAUUAUUAAAUAGCGUUUUUGACCUUUUUUAUUCCAACUGCAUUUGAUAAGAAAUUAGAAAAGUUAGUAAAAGCUCGAAAGUAUAAAAUACCAAAAGGAGUUUAUACUUACGUAUUCUUAGCAAAAUGAAAUUUUCUAGAAAACAUAUUUUUUUGGCCAUCGGUAGGGUAAAGAGUCAAACUAAAAUGAAUUGGCUGGCAUAGUAUAAGCAAAGAAUCUCACCCCUCCCUCCCACCACCUACUGUCGAUUCUGCCACGAGCACUAUUCGAACAUACUUCAACCAUAAAUAACGUUCAUUUGCUGUUUUAAUUGGGGUUAAAUUUUCUAGAAUUUGGUUAUUUUCGAAAAAUUUCGUGUCUAUAUGUUUGGAAAUGUUUCAUACGUGAGCUAGCUAGGUAUUAAAGCACGUGAGAAUCUAUCCAUUUUGCUUAUUACAUAUAGAUGAAACGAAAAUUCAAGUGGAUAUUUGAACACGAGGACAAAUCUCAGUUUGAUGUUUGAAAAAUGAAUAAUUAAACGAUAUCAAUGGAAGUUUUAAAGAUUACGUUGUAUUUUAUUUGGGCAGGAUUUUACCGCACGCAAUGUUAUAUUUUUUUUUUCUUUCUUUAAGGCUGGUAAAUUUUCCAACAGUGAUUGCCCACGCUGUCUACUAAAUAAAAACUUGACGUUAAAGUUAUCAAAACUGUACUCGAGUGAAACCAAAUUUAUUUUAUUGCUGUUUUAUUUUUUAAAACAAGGUAAAAAAGAAAAAUCAUAGUUUGAAAUGACGUAUUUAUAUGUCUCGUUGGUAGUUAUCAAAGUGUAAGAGUGGUAGUAGAGGGAGGGGUGUGUUAAUUGAAACUUCAAUUUCAAUUCAAUAAAAAAAAAAAGAUUGUUCCAAAAUAAAGUUCUGAUCUCUAAUGCUGAAUUCUGAAAAUUAGAAAAGUGUAAAAUUUAAUUUUGAUCUCAAACUUAUUCUUAAAAAAAAACAAUUUUUCUUUUCUACCUAAACCAUCGUUUUAUUUGUUCAAUUUUUGUAGAAUGUACAUUGUACAAUGAUAUAAAUAUUUCACCCCCGCCCCGGUCCCCCCAAUAAAUUACUUCAGAGAUUCUCGAUUUAAUUUCGUACUCUAUCAAUUGCUGAGGCAGCCAGAUAUACAUACGAGUAAUAUAUAAAAUUAUUGCAAGGGGGUUAAAUCAUGAAAAUUGCCAAUUAUAAUCUUCGAUUUAAAAAUACCAUUUUUUCUAAUUUAAAAGUUCAGAGAGUGAAAUUCUUACAACUUGAUAGGUGUACGUAUUUAAUUUUCCAGUCAAAACACUUGUCAGUUCACUAAAAGAAAUGAAAAAAAUUGUCCUCUUCCCCCACUCUCCGGCGUGGUCCAACUAUGGUAAAUUUCCUUCUUCAUGGCCUAUUUAAAUUAUCAUAGUGACCCAUCGAAGAAAAUUAUUGGAAGGACCAAAAAUGAAAAUUGUCGAAUGCAAUUCUUAAUAUUUGGCUGAAUUUGUAAUUUUCUCAAUUUUCUAACUUGAAAUGUUUUAGGUGGAUUUUUUGCUACUCCAUGAGCUAUUUUAUUUUAUUUUUUGAAAUUGUGUUCAAAUAAUGUCAUUUUUUGUGCAAGUUUCACGACAUGAAAAUUAAAUAUUAAUUACCUUACUGUUGUACAAAUAUGUCUAUGUAUUUGUAAAUUCAGCCGAUUUACUGUCUGUAAAUUUUAUCCUUUAAUUUUAUGGGAUUUAUUCGAAAAGAAAAAAGAAAACAUUUUUGAAGAAUGCAAACUAGAAAAUCAACAAAUGAAAAUAAAUUUAAAAAAUUUUUGAAAUUCGAAAUGAAAAUUUUUCAAAUUCUUCAGUUUGAUUUUUUUUACAAGAACAAAAAAAAUUGAUGUUUCGCUUGAAAUCCAAUUUCUUUCAUUUUUCUAACCUAAAAAUAUUCAAAUUUAUAUAGCUUGAACUAUUUUUUUUUCAUUUUUUUUCAUUUUUUGUCAUUCUUUUCAUGUUUUUUGUUUAGAAAAAAAUUUUCUUUACUUUUGGAAUUUUGACAACACUUAUAGGACGAAUCUCUCUCCUCCCUCGCCUUUCCGUGUUGUCUUAAGUUGGUGGUCACAUGAUGAUGGAAGUCCUUUUUAAGACUCUAAAUGAUGUUAAAAAUUUGUUGAAACAACACGUGUUUUAAAAAAACUGCGAAAGGCAAACUUCUUUCAACGUUUUUAUAUUUGCCAUCUCAGUUGUGGCAAAAUUUCACCUAAGCGAUUUGAAAUACGAACAUGCUAUUCAGAAAAGUCAAAUUCGGGCUGCUCUCUACUAGGUAUACCUACACAUUUUCGGUUCGUUCUUGCGGAUAAUCCAGCCUUGCAAAAACAUAAUUAAACCCAAAAUACGAGUAGAUAAAAUAUUUUGCAUGUCAAUGAUUCAAAAAUGUCGAGUUUCAUGUUUUACACUCCCUUCCACCCUUGCCCUAGGCUAUGGUGUUUAUUUAUUUUGAUCGGUUGAUUGUAUACGUCUUUUAAAGUGAUAAUCGAACUCGUAUAUUAAAAACUUUGAAUUUGAUUUCCCUUCGUAUGCGGUUAUCAUUUCAAUGAAUUUUGCUAACGCAAAUUUAUUUCUUAUCUGAUAAAGAAAUCAACAUCUUGCAUCUGUAUUACGCUUCGAUUUUCUCGUCCGUCGUAGAAAAAGGAGAUUCGUUGGAAAAAUGAGUAAAAAAUAAUGAUUCGUAUUAAACGGCUCUUUUCAUGCGAAUUUCAAUACAAUUAAAAUGGUGAUAGAAAACGCUUAAGUAUUUGAAAAUUUAUCUGUAUACAUUAGAAUCAUUCAUUCCAAAAAAUCAACUUUUACCCGUCAUUUUUUUUUUUUUUUUCAUUUCUCAUUCAUUGUAGGCUAUUGAUUUAUAAUUACGUGUUAUUACGCUAAAAAAAAAUUAACGAGUUGCUCAUUGUUUUUUUGGAAAUUGAUAACUUUUGGUUACCGCAUGUCUGUGUGCCUUAGUCUAUACGAGCUUAAUUGUAACAUAUUUGUGUUCAGUUUUUUAAAAAUUUAUUUGUAAUUUUGAAUUAUUUUUUAUUGGAAAUUUUUUUUUUUGUCUUACUAUCGUAAUGUUACUGCCGUUAAUCAUUAAUAUCAUCUUGCCAUUGUAAUGUACUGAUAUUAUCUAGAUAUUGUAAUCGCUCAAAAUCAUUGAACACGUGUUACGUUGGUUGCCUACUUCAUGCAUCUGUUGAUUUAAAAAUACAUAUAUUUGUCACUGUGUUAGUUUUAUGCUACGCUGGUUGAGAACCCGCAAAUCGGUAAUUUCCCAUGUAACGAACGAGGUUUUACCAAUUUUACAAAAUUUUUGUUCCCUUGUAAUAUGUUUUUGCUCGUUUCGUUGUUUACUUAUAUUUUACGAUUCAUUUUCUCUCAAAUUAAAAUUUAAGUAUACAUGUUAUUUUUAAGUCCUAAAUUUAGUUCCUUAAUUUUGUGUGUACACCUUGUGUACGAUAAAAUUCACUUGUGUAACUUGGUGUAUUACACUUGUUCAUUUUUUAAAAAUAAGAUGACAUUGUUUUUCUCUCUAAUAUAAUUGCCUGACUUUUCCGAUGCAUUACAUAGAAAUGAUUUUUUUUUACUUCAAAAUAUCGGCGGGAUUGAGGUACUAUUUUUUUUAAAAAAGUGGGUAAUUAUGUAGGUACAAUAUACCUACGCGAUUUUUCAUUCGAGUCAAGCUGCUAGGAAAUGUACCUGAUUAAUUUCAAAAUAAUUUACCAAAGAUUAUGAAAUGUGUUUAACCAAAGAUGUAGGUAUCUGUAUUUUACUUGACCCCCUUUCCCCUCAUCUUCUGUCGAUUUACUACGAUGCUUUAUUAAAAAUUUUCUCGAUGUUUCGACUGAUAUUUAGAGUCACGAGAUAUGGUCCGAAAGAUUUUUCAAAUUCGAAUUUCGAAAUCAAAUUGAAUUGAAAAAACAAUAAUAAUAAGAAAUUUAUGAUGUUACAUUUUUACAUUAAAUUUAUAAUACUUAUAUUAUUUUUAUAUCGAUGCAAAAUUGGUUCGCAUUAAAGCCGGGAAAAUAAUAAAUAAGUACAUGAAGUUUUUCAUUUAUUUUUAAUAGAACAUUACAUACUGAGCUCCCUAUAGCCGGAACACUUUUUUCAACGUGGCAAUUUUUUCUAUUACCUAUAUGAUUUUAUUUUAUACCUACUUAUGUGUACUUGUGCGAAAAAAAUGAGAAACGAAAAAGACCUAAAAGUUUGCAAUUGUCAUUAAUUUAACUGUGUAUCUGAUACGACAAAAGACAAAUACCUAUUUAUUUGUACAGUUUUAUCUAGUUGUAUUAUGUGUUUAAAUGUCUAGGUGUACAUGUGUAUAGGUACGUCGUACUGUACUUUAUUUAUUAAAAUACCUUGAUAAGUGAUUAAAAUUUAAAUGCUUUCCGUUAAAAAAAUGAGUUGUUUUUUUUUUUUUUGAAAUAAUGUCGCCGAAUUUGAUUUGGCUCAAGAACAACCGACUGCUUAUAUGUAGUAGAUGGUACCUUACCUACCACAACGAAAAGUUGAACUUUUUUCGCAUUGUACCUAACAGAUGUGUAUGUGUACAUUUUCUUUUCCUUAUUGUAUGUACAUUUAAUUUUUAAAUUUACCAUUUAAUGUUUAACUUAUUAAUUUUUUUUUUUCAUAAGAUUUGUAUUCUUGUUUAAUAUUUAUAAGUUUUUCAGUUAUUGAUAAUGAAUGUAAAUUUUUGUUAGUUGUAUUUAUUUAAUAAUUAAUAAACAUUUUUGUUACAAAA